GGAGAGAGGAGGAAGGAGGAAAAGAAAGUAUUUUUUUUAAGAAAAGGGGAAGGGUGGAUAUGGUUUAUUUGUGAAGAGAUUUGAUCGGAACAUGAUGUUACGAAUAAGUCUCCUGCUCAUUCUGCUCUCACACACUGUCCGCUCGACCCUGCUGGGAUGGGUGGAGUCUCCAGGGUAUCCCAGUGGGUAUCUGCCCCAUGCUAGUCUGAACUGGAGCAGGUGUGCCCCCAAAGGUCACACCAUCUCCAUCAGGUUCAUCCACCUGGACCUGGAGGACAGCCGGGACUGUGAAAACGACGCUGUGAAGGUCUUUUCCGAUGGAAAUCUUAUUUCU